AUGUCCGCCGCGCCUCCUGUCGUUUUCCAUCAACCGAAACAUGCACGGCCUGACGCAGAUCAUCACCAGCACGCCCACCAUCAUGACCACACUAGAAGUCCCAGAGCGCGACUGCCUGUGAUACCCGACCUGCGCUUCGAGUACAGUUAUAUGAGGAGUAUCCAGCCAUAUGUUCACGUUGAGAGAUUAUCAACAGGAGAGGCCGUGCCCCGACCUACAGACGUUGAGUUGGUUGACCAGGGGAUGUUGGAUGAAUCUGGUUUCGUGACGCUGGAUGCUACUCUCGGUAUGCAGGGCAAGGAGACCGAGAAAGGGUUCGCGGAGGGAGAGGUGGCAUUGAAGCCGCCGUCUCAGACGGAACCCGCGUCUGGCCCGUCAGAAAUUAUUCAUUUGCAAUGGAAAAAGAUUGCUUGGGUUACUGUGCGGGACCAGGUUAUCAGUCCUCUAGUGCAAGGAGCGGCUUGGGCGCUUGCAAGCUACUACAUUAGGCCCUUUUCUUUAGAAUUUGGGUCUCGUAUGGGGACAUUCGUACACCAGAGACUACCAACAAAAGAAGGGUUGGGUGUUUCAUGGCUUCGAGAUUGGGCGAAAUCCAUUGGUUUGACGAGUAGUAACGCCGCCGCCGUCCAAAGGAAAUCGUAG